GUGGUGGAUGAGAUCUAGUUGGGUGUGGGUAGUAUUAGGUGAGCCUGGGAUUUAAUUCCAUUGAGGUCAUUUCCUUGCUGUGUGUCCUGCGUUCAAGUGCCUUUGCCUCUCCGAGCCUUUGUUCUACUACUGGAAAAAGUGGGCUAAGUGGGUGCUCAUGGGGGAGAGAGAUACCAGGACAUCAUUGUACGGGUGGGACUGCUGUGAAGUUUUUGCCGGUGGUCAUGGUCAGCAGCUGAUAGGGGGUGAAUCUAUGUCCUUUAACCCAGGGCCUCCCACCCUUGGCACUGUCAACACUUGGGGCAGGAUCAUUCUUUGGGUGGCGUUAUCCUGUGCACUAUAGGAUACUGAGAAGAAUCCCUGUUCUGCACCCAUAGAUGUCAGUAGCUCUCCCUCACCACCCCCAGUUGUGACAACUAAAAAUGUCUCUGGAUGUGGCCAGUUGGAGGUAGGCCAAAAUUCACCCUCCCACCAUUGAGAAUUGCUGGUGUUACCUCUUUGAGCCUCAGUCUCCUCACUUGUAGAUUUGGGGGGGGGGCAGUUAAUGUCAGCUACUCAGUAUUAGUGUGAGGGUGUGAUUGAGUUAUGGUACUAAAUGAUACUCUGGGUCUGCAGUAAACCCUGCAUAGGGACCGCUGCCCUAGAGCUUGAUUAGGAGCCAGUGAAGACUUUCCUCAUCUGUGAAGUGGGUUUUCACAGUGCGGGGAGAUAGUACAAGCAGGGUACUCAGUGCCUAGUAAGCGCUAAAUUCUGGAUGCUCUGGUUUUAAAUCCCAGCCCUGCUUCCUGUGGACUGUAGGACCUUGGGGCAAGUUAUGUUACUGCUAAAGGUCUCAGUUUUCUCACUUUGGAAGUGGGGUCAUAAUAGUACCCUCCUUGUUGAUGUACAUUAGUUGGCCUGGGUGACGCUUGGAGGAACUGCCAUUAUUAUUAAUAAUCAAGCUUAAACUUGGAUGGGUUGCUGAUCUGGGGGCACUCGCACCACCACAACAUGUAGUGCUAUGUCCCCAUGAUGUGCUACUGGUCCAACUGGGUCCCCUGGGCCUGCAAGCUGUGGUCAGCAGCAGGGGGCCACCAGACUGAGAGGAAGUCGGAAAUUGUCAUGGCCUGUGUCUGUGGGAAGGGGGUGGUUUAUAUGAGUGCUAAUGGCGUUUGCAUAUAGUUGUAUGACAGGAUAGGCUUAGGGGUGUGCACACAAUCACCAGCCAAUAUAUGCUUAUAUUAUAUGAAGGUGUGCGCAUACCUGAGCCAGCCCCUGGAGCCUGCAUAUACUUGGGGGAGCCUGCUCCCCACAUCCACACUAGUGGGCAUGUGAGUGAAUUUGUGCACACUGUGUACCCCUUGAGUGGGACGGGAAUCAAGAGCUAUCCCUGGGUUAUCUCUACUGAAACAGGCUCAGCCUUGUGGGGGUGCUGAGAGUAAGGUUCCUUAGAUGCCCUACAGCCCUGUGGCUGGCCCAGCGCAGGGGAUGCUGGGAGUAGCAGCAAAGAGGAAGUGGUAAGCAAGAGGAGCGAGAGGCCCUGGCGGGGCAGAGGUUCAGGAAGAGGGCGGGGUCCCCAGCCAGGACCCAGGAUGGCGGAGUCUGAUCCCCCUUUGGACCAGGAGCUGGAGAGUGAACCACGUGGCUGGUCCCUGUUGGAGCAGCUGGGCCUAGCGGGUGCAGACCUGGCAGCCCCUGGGGUGCAGCAGCAGCUGGAACUAGAACGGGAGCGUCUGCGGCGGGAGAUCCGCAAGGAGCUAAAGCUAAAGGAGGGUGCUGAGAACCUGCGGCGGGCCACCACUGACCUGGGCCGCAGCCUGGGCCCUGUGGAGUUGCUGCUGCGUGGCUCCUCACGCCGUCUGGACCUGCUGCACCAGCAACUGCAGGAGCUGCACGCCCACGUAGUGCUGCCUGACCCUGCAGCCACCCACGAUGCUCCUCAGUCCCCUGGUGCAGGUGGCCCAGCCUGCUCGGCCACCAACCUGAGCCGUGUGGCUGGCCUGGAGAAGCAACUGGCCAUUGAGCUGAAAGUGAAGCAGGGGGCAGAAAACAUGAUCCAGACGUACAGCAAUGGAAGCACCAAGGACCGGAAGCUGCUGCUGACGGCUCAGCAGAUGCUGCAGGACAGUAAGACCAAGAUCGACAUCAUCCGCAUGCAGCUCCGCCGGGCAUUACAGGCAGGCCAGCUGGAGAGCCAGGCGGCCCCAGAUGAAGCCCAAGGGAGCCCAGACCUGGGAGCCGUGGAGCUACGUAUUGAGGAGCUGCGACACCACUUCCGAGUGGAACAUGCGGUAGCAGAGGGCGCCAAGAAUGUGCUGCGUUUGCUCAGUGCUGCCAAGGCCCCAGACCGCAAGGCGGUCAGCGAGGCCCAGGAGAAGCUGACCGAGUCAAACCAGAAGCUGGGGCUCCUUCGUGAGGCACUGGAACGGCGACUAGGGGAGCUGCCAGCUGACCAUCCCAAGGGGCGGCUGCUACGUGAGGAGCUAGCUGCAACCUCCUCCCCAGCCUUCAGCGCCCGCCUGGCAGGACCCUUCCCUGCCACGCACUACAGCACUCUGUGCAAGCCCGCUCCACUUACAGGUACCCUGGAGGUGCGCAUGGUAGGCUGCAGAGAUCUUCCAGAGACCAUCCCCUGGAAUCCGUCACCCUUGGUGGGGGGACCAGGGACCCCUGACUGCCGUACCCCCUUCCUGAGCCGUCCAGCCCGGGGCCUUUACAGUCGGAGUGGAAGCCUGAGUGGCCGGAGCAGCCUUAAACCUGAAGCUGAGAGCACCAGUGAGGUUAGCACUGUACUCAAGCUCGAUAACUCAGUGGUGGGGCAGACAUCUUGGAAGCCAUGUGGCCCCAAUGCCUGGGACCAGAGCUUUACUUUGGAGCUGGAGAGGGCACGAGAACUGGAGUUAGCUGUGUUCUGGCGGGACCAGAGGGGCCUGUGUGCCCUCAAAUUCCUGAAGUUGGAGGAUUUCUUGGAUAAUGAGAGGCAUGAGGUGCAGUUGGACAUGGAACCCCAGGGCUGCCUGGUAGCUGAGGUCACCUUCCGUAACCCUGUCAUUGAGAGGAUACCCCGGCUCAGACGGCAAAAGAUCUUCUCCAAACAGCAAGGGAAGGCUUUUCAGCGCGCUAGACAGAUGAACAUUGACGUUGCCACCUGGGUGCGGCUGCUGCGGAGGCUCAUCCCUAAUACCACAGCCACAGGCACCUUCAGUCCUGGGGCUUCUCCAGGACCUGAGGCCCGGUCCACAGGCGACAUAUCUGUGGAGAAGCUGAACCUUGGGGUUGACUCGGAUAGCUCGCCCCAGAAGAGCCCUCUGGAUCCUCUUUCCAGUGAAUUGAGCCCAAGUUCCCCCAUCCAGGAAACUACCACUCCAAAACUGUCUCCAGAGACACAGGAGAUCCCAGGCCCCACCCUGUGCAGCCCUCUGAGGAAGUCACCACUGACCCUCGAAGAUUUCAAAUUUCUGGCAGUGCUGGGCCGGGGUCACUUUGGGAAGGUGCUGCUCUCAGAAUUCCGGUCCAGUGGAGAGCUGUUUGCCAUCAAGGCUUUGAAGAAAGGGGACAUUGUGGCCCGAGACGAGGUGGAGAGCCUGAUGUGUGAGAAGCGGAUUUUGGCUGCAGUGACCAGUGCAGGACAUCCCUUCCUGGUGAACCUAUUUGGCUGUUUCCAGACGCCGGAGCACGUAUGCUUCGUGAUGGAAUACUCUGCCGGAGGGGACCUGAUGCUUCACAUCCACAGCGAUGUAUUCUCUGAGCCCCGAGCUAUCUUUUAUUCUGCCUGUGUGGUGCUGGGGCUGCAGUUUCUCCAUGAACACAAGAUUGUCUACAGGGACCUGAAGUUGGACAAUUUGCUCCUGGACACCGAGGGUUACGUGAAGAUUGCUGACUUUGGCCUCUGCAAGGAGGGAAUGGGCUAUGGGGAUCGGACCAGCACGUUCUGCGGGACCCCAGAGUUCCUGGCACCAGAGGUGCUGACAGACACGUCCUACACAAGGGCAGUGGACUGGUGGGGGCUGGGCGUGCUGCUCUAUGAGAUGCUGGUUGGCGAGUCCCCAUUCCCAGGGGACGAUGAAGAGGAGGUAUUUGACAGCAUUGUCAACGACGAGGUUCGUUACCCUCGUUUCCUGUCAGCUGAAGCCAUUGGCAUCAUGCGCAGGCUGCUGCGCAGGAAUCCAGAACGCAGGUUGGGUUCCAGCGAGAGGGAUGCAGAGGAUGUGAAAAAACAGCCUUUCUUCAGGACCCUGGGCUGGGAUGCCUUGCUGGCCCGGCGCCUGCCGCCGCCCUUCGUGCCCACACUGUCAGGCCGCACAGAUGUCAGCAACUUCGAUGAGGAGUUCACAGGGGAGGCCCCCACGCUGACCCCUCCGCGAGAUGCGCGGCCCCUCACCGCCACCGAGCAAGCGGCCUUCCAGGACUUCGACUUCGUGGCAGGGGGUUGCUAGUCUCUCCCCUUCACCUGCCCCUACCCAGCUCUUAGUAGUUUUUAAAAAGGCCUUUGGGAUUUACC